CGGCGGAGGGAGCGCUUCCGGGUUCGGGCGGUCGGCCCGCGGGGUCGGGUCCCGGCGGCGGGAUGAAGCUGACGCGCAAGAUGGUGCUGUCCAGGGCCAAGGCCUCCGAGCUGCAAGGCGUGCGCAAGCUCAACUGCUGGGGCAGCAAGCUGACAGACAUCUCCAUCUGCCGCGAGAUGCCCAGCCUGGAGGUGGUCACGCUCAGUGUCAACAGCGUGUCGUCGCUGGAGCCGCUGAGCCGCUGCCGCCAGCUGCGGGAGCUGUACCUGCGGCGCAACCGCGUGGGCAGCCUGGCCGAGCUGCGGCAUCUGCGCGCCCUGCCGCGCCUGCGUGUGCUCUGGCUGGCGCAGAACCCCUGCUGCGGGCCCGACCCGACCCGCUACCGCAUGGCCGUGCUGCGCGCCCUGCCCCAGCUGCAGCGGCUGGACAGCCAGGGCCACCAGCCGUUGGGGUGGACGGACAGACGGCCUUCCCCGCGGGGCCCGACUGCAGCGUCUGCUGUGCUCACAGCCGUGACAGAGGACGAGCUGGCCCGGGCGCUGAUGGAGGGCGAGGAGGUCACAGCCCUGGACGUGCAGGGGGUGGGGCCGGGCCUGGGCGCCGAGGACGACGGUUCCGCUGAGGCCCGGGAGGACCUGAGCUGCGGCGAGGAGGAGGCCAGCCUGCAGGGACAGCUGGGCUCGGAGUCACCCCCCUCCCGGGGCUGCUUUUCCACCUCGUCACAGAGUGAGCCGGCCAGCGGCCCCCCGAGCAGGAACCAUGUGCUGACAGCCGUGCUGUUGCUGCUGCGGGAGCUGGACCUGGAGGGGCUGGAGGCCGUGCAGGCGGCCACACAUGGACGGCUUCUGACGCUGCGCCGCCCCGAGAUGCAGUAGGCUCACCGGAGACCCCUCCCCAGGCGGCCCUGAGACCCCUCCCCAGGCGGCCUGGAGACCCCACACAAGGCCCUGAGAUGCAGUAGGCCCACCGGAGACCCCUCCCCAGGCGGCCCGGAGACCCCCCCACGAGGCUCUAAGACAGCUCCCCUCGGGGCCCAGAGACACAGCUCCAUGGAGCCAAGGGGGGGGUCCCCGUGAAGCCCUGAGCAGCCUUCCCGGAGCACAGGAAGUAGGGGUCCCUGCUGAGGCUCCAGCACACAGGCCCGCAACCCCCAGCCCUGAAGGGAGCCCCCAGACAUCCCCUCCACCCGCCUGCCUGGGGUGGGGGCUCCUGCAGCUCCCUGCCCCCUCCCCCACACAGUGGGCCCCCCCCAGCACCUCAGAGACCCUGGGUCACACCCCUUGGGAGAACAGAGCACACACCACCUCCGUGGGGGUCUCUCACUUCUCAGGAGCCCUGGACUAGUCUGCUUCUGGGGGGGGGGGGGGCAGGACAAUCUUCUAGAAACUUCUGUAAGCAGGUUCCCUCCUGGGCAAAGCCCUGGACUGCCCCCCUCCCCGUCCCGAGGCCACCACACCAUGCCAGGAAAGAAGGGGUCUCUGGGGUCCUGGGACAGCCCGCGGGUGUGGACACAAUAAAGCCAUCUGUCCGA